GCUUGUUGUGAAGUUGUCAAUGUGUCAGCCGUGUGUGAUCUGUUCGGAAGAGAAAAGGUGCUGGACACGCUGUUUUAGGGAUUUAUGAACCGGUUUCCGGUAGUUCUAACGUUUCCACGGGACGGUAACGUGUGAAGCUGGUUGUCUUUAAUCGCGAGGCUGCAGGUAGCAUCUGCUGCUGCUGAUGGAGAAGGUGUUUCGCUGUCCGGGUCGCCAUGGCUACGCCGUGGAAGUGUCUCCGUUCAUCGCCAACAGAUUGGCCUGCGCUUCCUCGCAGUACUACGGCAUAGCCGGCUGUGGCACUCUCCUGGUCCUGGAUGAGACGGAGACAGGGGUUGCUUUAGUGAGAAGCUGGGAGUGGGGCGACGGCCUGUUCGACGUAGCGUGGAGCGAAGCCAACGAGCACAUCGUGGUUGCCGGGGGCGGGGACGGCAGCCUGCAGCUGUGGGACACAGCCAAUCACAGCGCUCCGCUGAGAGUGGCCAAAGAACACACACAAGAGGUGUAUUCUGUAGACUGGAGUCAGACCAGAGGAGAGAACCUCAUCGUCUCUGGAUCGUGGGAUCAAACUGCUAAAGUGUGGGACCCCGCUCUCAGCCAAUCACUGACCACGCUCAGGGGUCACGAAGGGGUCAUCUACAGCACCGUUUGGUCGCCUCACAUCCCAGGAUGCUUUGCGUCAGCGUCAGGUGACGGGACGCUCCGAGUUUGGGAUGUGAAGAGCGCCGCGUGUCGAUUGGCCAUCCCAGCGCACAAGGCUGAGAUCCUUAGCUGUGAUUGGUGCAAAUAUGACCAGAACGUCGUGGCCACGGGCUCGGUGGACUGCAGCGUGUGUGUGUGGGACCUGAGGAACGUCCGACAGCCUGUCAAUCAGCUGCUGGGACACACCUACGCCAUCCGCAGAGUCAAGUUUUCUCCGUUCAGUAAGAUGAUGUUGGCGUCCUGCUCGUACGACUUUACUGUCAGGUUCUGGGACUACAGCAGGAACCAGCCUCUCCUGGACACCGUGGAACAUCACUCAGAGUUUGUCUGUGGACUAGACUUCAACCUGCACAUCCCCAACCAGUCUAAACCUGACCCUACACUGCAGGGGGAAAGUGACGCCGAAGUGAACCCUGCAACGCAUUCUCAAGAAUGGGUGGUGGACUGUUCGUGGGACGAGACGGUGAAGAUCUACACACCUGCCUGUCUGUCUGCUGGAACUCACAGCACAGCACCGUAGAACAAGUACUACCACACUUCUGAGGACGUGUCUGAGGGAGUCACAAAAAACAAAGGAACUAAACAUAGUUUAAACUGACAUCAACCACAUUGAACAUAUCGGCCAAAACAGGAGAAUUACAACUUCUGUGUCCGUCAUGUGAUUCCCUCAGGCCCAAAACUACUUUCUCCCAUAGACAUACAUGGCCAAAGAGACAUCUUUAAAUCAGUGGAUACCUUUUUUGAGCGUCGCAACAACGGACUGUAAACAGAGAACAAUGAUGAGUCUUCACUUCCUCCUACAUGUGAAGACAAAAUCUCCCAGAUACGGGUGCUGCCAAGUUGUAAUUUUGGAGCUAGAGUCUGCGCAGAAGUUAUCGGGCGUUGCAGCUGCGGUAUCGAAGUCCUGCCCACACACCCGUUCGACCAAUCUACAGUCAAUCCCAGCAACUGCUCAGAAAAAUGAACACUUUGUGUGAUCAGAACUACCUGAAAUGACAGAAACCAUUUUUAUUUGACAUGUACUUUGAUUUGUUUAUUAUUUUUUUGUCAGGACCUGUAGCUCACCAUCUGGAAGUCCCCACAAAGUGUUAUAAAUAUACACACACACAUACACAUUAUCAACAGCAGGCUUUGGGAAAAAUCCACCGAGAUUCCCAAACUGAUUCAGUUUUAUAAUUAACAAGAUGUGUUCAUUUUUCCCGUAAUUAAUUAUGUAAAUCAAGAUGCUUUACAGUUGGUGUGAUCCAUAAUAUCCAUGUCAUUAUCUGCUUCCUCUUUAUCUAUCUCACUGAUAUCCUGUUUAACCGGAGAAAAGAAAUGUUAACUGUGACUAAUUUCACUACUGAAAUGUCAUCAGUGUUAUUAUGGUGUGUUCAGUGCCUUCAAUAAAGUAGCGAAUACCACAUGAAAAGCU